AUGGACAAAGAACCCAGUCAGACACAAUGUCAGGUGGUGGAUCACUUUUGGAACUGGGCUGACAAGGACAGCUGCAAGCUUCUUUUCACACAGUCUGCACUGUUAAAGAAGAUCAAGAAGAAGGAUGAGAUUCAGGCUUAUGUUGCAAACAUAUUGGGUGCUCAAUCCCAGAAGCACGCUCGCGUGGUCACUUGCCCCACAGUUGAUGAAGCUCUGUUGCUCUGGGUCCAGGAUAUGGAGCAAAAGAAGAACACAGUGAUGGGUGUGAUGCUGGUAGAGAAGAGGAAGCAGUUGGAAGAGGUGAUGAAUGUUCCUAACAAGAAGCAUUUGAUGGGCAUGGGUUGA